UGCGGACGUGUCUGCGGCUAACAGAAGUGCAUAUAUUCCAAAGCUGUGAUUCAUAACAGACAUUCAGUUAACAUAGCGACCAACAGAUACGUUAAUUUAACAGCUUGCAAAUUAAAUGCCUGCUGCAACUUUGGCGCCACCAAACGAUGCGCUAAGCAUACAAAUUUGAGCAACAACAGCAAAAAAACACGUAACAGCUUAUGUUAAUUAAAAUGAUUGCAACAAGAACAAUAACUUUAACAACAAUGGUAACAAGAACAUAUGCGGCAACAAGCUGGCGCUGGCUAUGUUUAUGCUGCUUGCUUUGCCUGGCUGCAGCGGCUCAGGCUGAUGGCAGCGGGAGCGGUAGCGGUAGCAACUCCUCACCCAAGUCAUUGGCAAUGCCAACGCCAGCGACUGCCAAGGAUGCCGCGCAUAUGUAUAAAAUCAAGAGGCAGGACAAAUACCAACAGCAGCAGUUGCAGCUGCGUGCCAGUCAGAGCGAUGUGGUGCCAGCUCCUUUGUCCGGCACAAAGCAACAAAAACAACUGACAAGAGGCGCUCAUGGACUCAACAAGAAGCUGCUCAACAAAAUGGGCUUCAUGAAGGUGAAGGCGCCCAAUAGCCACAACCGGAAACGCUUGGCGGUUGAGUCACGACGUCACGCAUCGCGGGAUGAUUCACACAUGUUCAUCAUCAAAUUGCCGCCAAAUCUGCACUACUAUACAGCGCCCAACAGCAUGCGGAAUGCGCUGGAUGUGGCAGCAAAGGGGCAGCAGCAGCAACAGUCGCAGUUGCCGCAUCAAAUGAGCAACAGCAACACAAAGUCUCCGGCGACUCCAGGGGCAAGCGAGGCGUUGGCGUUGAAAGCUAACGGGAAAAAGGUCUCGUUUCCGUUCAGCUCGAAUGGACGACCAGGCCGUAUCUAUCAUUGGAAUCUGCCCGUCUUAAAGCAGGCGCUGCACAAGAAACCGCAUUUUGCGCACGUCUCGGCCGAGGAUCGCAAUCGUCUGCUGGACAUUGAGAAGAUACCGACAUGGCGCAAACCCUGGGAGAACGAUACCAUCGAGAAGUCCUUUACGGCGGGCAGCGGCAAAUCCAAAUAUAAGAAAUCGUUGAAACAGAAAUCUCCCACAUAUUAUGCGCCCGCACAGGCGGUUAACAAGCAGAGCUUCCAUAAAUAUUUUGCGGGCAAUGGCAAGCCGAAGGGCUUCUACGUGAUCAAGGAGCAUCAGACAAAGCCGCAGUUCUACCAGAAUAUCAUAUCAUAAGUUCAACUUUCACAUUUUCUUUGUAUUCCGCUGUCGAUUGACCUGGGCAUGCAUCUAUAAGACUGUGGUGUGGGCAUUUGCUAAUAAUUAUAUAUAUUUUUAUUUAUGUACCACUCGUAUAACUAUUUAAAUAUCAGCCUAUGGCUAGUAAAACUAACUGCGAGUAGAGUUCCAGUCUAAUGUGGACUGUUUUUAUUUCAAACAUUUUUCCGUCCAAUUUCUGCAAAAGUAAAAAUGUAUUUUUUAUAAAAAAAAACUGUAACUGUGCUUGUGCCACCCCACGUUGGGCGCCACAAAGGCAACUGUGACUAACAAUCAACUGGAAUUUAUUAUG